AUGGCGUCCAGCAAAGCCGACAAGAUCGAAAAGAUCAUCACCCGGCUCCAAGACCGGAUAAGAGAAGGCCAAUUCUACGAAGCCCAGCAGCAGACCCGGGUCGUCGCCGCCCGGUAUAUCAAAGCAUCAAACUGGACCGCGGCGGCAGAAAUCCUCUUCAACGUCGCCCAGUCUCUCCUUCGUGCCGGCCAGGGCGGUUCGGGCGGUGACUUGUCCGUCUUGCUUGUCGACGUGUUCAAUAAGGCCGAGCUCAAACCAGACUCUGCGUCCAAGGGGAAGCUACUGACACUGAUGCGGUUGUUCGACCCUGAGGAACCCACAAGGAAGAAGUUUAUCGGAGAGAUGAUUACUUGGUCGGGCAAAUUCGGCGACUACCCCGCCGGGGACAGCGAACUCCACCACGUCGCGGGAUCGCUCUACGCAGAAGAGCACGAAGCAUACGAAGCAGAACGACACUUGCUAUUAGGAACGAAAGACUCCGCUGAGGUAUUGGCCCGGAUGGAGUACGCAUGGUACAAGGAGGACGAGUCGCACACAGCGCCAGUCUACGCGUCCCGGGCCAUACUGCCAUACUUGCUAGUCGGCAACGUCCGUGCCGCCAACACGGCCUACCGCAUCUUCGCCAGCGCCCUCGUCGAUGACGGGUACGCCGGCGUCCAGGACGUCAGCAGCUCCACCUGCGACAUUCGGAUUUUCCCCAGCCUACCCCUCUUCAACUUCCUCGGGCUCCUCCUGCUCACUAUCCAGCGCGGCGCCCCCGAGGCCUACCGGGCUCUGAUCGCAAAGUACUCGACUAGCAUUGCGGAGAUCGGCACGUGGAAUGAGGCGCUGGAAAUGAUUGCGGAGAUGUACUUUGGUAUCUCGAGACCUAGGCAGACCAACCCGCUGAUGGAAAUGAUGGGAAGCUUGUUCGGCGGAGCUCCGGGUGGAGGCAUGCCCCAGAGGAAGAACCCCAUCAGGCGGGUUGAGGCACCAGCAGCCGAAGGGCUCGAUUAG